AUGUAUAAAUUAGCAAAUUUCCAAAAAUGCAAAAAUUAUGUAAUGACUAUCGAGUUGUCUGUCAAAGAAAACGUUUUACUGGAAUUCACAAUAUUUGACAGUGGAUUUUUAAUAACAAUUUCUCGUAAUAUUUUGGAAAAGUGUUGUCUGUCAAUUUUUCAGAGGUGCGAGAAAACAAUAAAAGAGACACUCGAAAAGGGUAAUGUACGAUCUUAUACAAUAAAAAGUGUCGUUUUAAUUGGUGGAAGUUCUCAUUUUCAUGAAUUGAAAGAAACGUUUAGAAUAGUUUUUCCCGAUCGACCAUUAUUAGAGUGUGAAGACAUUAAUUUGGUUAUCGCUAAAGGUGCUUGUUGGUAUGCACGAGACAUGGCUUCACAAACAGUCAAAAAUCAUAUCACACAAAUAACAGCAAGAGAUGUGAAUACAUUGAUGACAUUAGUUGAUGACCACAAAGAAAAAACAGGGAAUAUAUUAGUUACUUUGAUUAAUAAAGGAACACUCCUCCCAGUUGAAAAUGUUACUUUCAGUGUCCCAACAAUCACACCAACUGUUUCAGUCGUACUUACAGAAGACAGAAGUUUGAUUGGAAAAUUGGAAACUACUCUGAGAUUCAAUUUUUGGGAUAAAAUCACAUUUAAGUUUGAAGUUGACGAAAUAGGAAAAAUCAAAUUGGUUGUAUUGGACAAAGAUGGAAAUCAAGACCCGGGACAAAUUGUUGUCGAUUGA